ACUUGCGCAGGCGGCGAUAGACGCGCAAUUAGAAUCGCGCGGUGCGUUUUAGAAACCGUAAGGAUGUUUAAUACCUCCGCACAUGAAGUAAGAUGGUACGUGUUUGGAGACGACGACACGAUAUUCAUCCCGGAAAACCUCGCAAGAACACUCUCUAAAUAUGACCACAGAUCAUGGUACUACGUAGGAGCUGCCUCAGAGAUUUAUGAGUCGAACAGGGUGUUUGGAAACGACAUGGCGUUUGGCGGUGGAGGAAUCGCUUUAAGCAGUUCGUUGGCUAACAUUUUAGCUAAGAAAUUCGACUCUUGCAUCGAACGGUAUCCAUAUUUGUACGGAGGAGACUCUAGGAUUCAUGCUUGUGUGCUUGAACUUGGAGUUGGUUUGUCUCACGAACCUGGCUUCCAUCAGUUUGAUGUGAAUGGAAAUGCAUUAGGAAUAUUGACGUCACAUUCAACGAGACCAUUGGUGUCUCUACAUCACAUGUCUCACCUUGAUCCAUUUUUCCCAAAUUCAACAACUUUCUCCGCCGUCCAACACCUCUUCUCCGCCAUAGAACUUGAUCCUCUCCGUAUAUUUCAACUCUCCGUUUGCUACCACCGUCGGUACUCUUGGACCAUCUCCGUCUCCUGGGGAUAUACGGUUCAGAUUGAGAGUAGGCAUAUGUUUCUACGUGAUGUUUUGCGAACACAAGAAACGUUCCGACCAUGGCAAAACUUUGGCGGGUUGGCAAGUGUGUACACAUUCAACACAAGAGAGUUUAAUCCUGAUCCUUGUAAAAGACCUGUCACUUUCUUCAUGGAAUAUGUUUCCUCUAGUCCCGAUGAUGGAACUAUUAAAAGUGUGUAUAAGCAAGCUUACGAGAAUUGCACGUAUGAUCCCAUUUCAUCGCCUCGCAAAAUUGAAGAGAUUAGAGUGUUCUCGACAAGACUCGAUCCCGAUAUCAGACAAUUGAAGGCUCCGAGAAGACAGUGUUGUGAUAUUUUACAUAAUUCGACCGAAGGAAAAGUAAUGGAAGUUGCGGUUCGAGAGUGCAAAGAAGAUGAGUUCAUCUAUAUGCAACCCUAGUAGCAACGUAACUAACGUACUAUUAUACCUCCUGUUUUUCAUUGCUAUCCAAAUGUAACCUAAAUAGUUCUUAUUUUAUUUUUCCGUAUACUAUAUGAUACUAAACUGUUAAUCAGCUUGUUACCUUUCAACUUUUGAGGUUUGCGGUUAACUAUUUUUGACAUAUUCACCGGCUGUAACAUCCUUUAUGAAACGUAUGUAUUUUGAAUGGAGAAUUUAGGA